UGUUAAUAUUUAGUUGGAUAAUAUAUUUGUUUAAGAUGAUAACAAAUAUAGUUCAGUUAUCUUCUCAACAUCACACCGCUCAGAGGUAGGAGAAGAUGAAUUUUACUGAAUGGUGUGGGGGAGAAUUCUGGGAUAUUGAUACAAUAUGGUAUACUGAUACUCCUAACUUUACACAGUGCUUCCAGAAUACAGUGAUAGGAUACUUGCCAGUUGUCGUCUUACUUUUCUUCUCAUUUUUAGAGAUUUUGGAGACAUGGAGAAACUCAAUUCCCCGGAUACCUUUUACAGUUCUCAGCUGUUUGAAGGUUAUUGUUACCUUUCUGCUUAUUGUCUGUUGUAGUAUUCAAAUCUAUUUGAAGGAGGAUACAAGAACAGUAACAAGCUCAGACCCUGAGAUUGUAAGAAACCUAGUAGAAGCAUCAGCAUAUUUAAUAUCUCUAUUCUAUCUAGCAUACUGUCAUAGGCAAGGUUGUUCAACUUCGGGGGCACUGUUUUUAACCUUUUUUGUGGAUUCUCUCUGUAAAGGGAUUCUCUUCAGAUCAGAGCUCUUACGCUUCCAAGAUGACAAAUCAGAUGAAGAGAUGGGUAAAAUCCUGCUGGCCUUUUCAGUUCUAGUUGGAUCAGUAUUCAUGUUCUUUCUAAACUGCUGGGCAGAUUCAAUUUCUGAUCCAGACUAUAAGAAAGUUGAAAACCCUUGUCCUCAGUAUUCUGCAUCAUUCUUCAACAAACUGAUCUUUUCCUGGUGUACUCCACUCAUAAUCAAAGGAUAUAAAAACCCUCUUACUCCAGAUUUACUCUGGGACCUUUUACCAAGCUUCAGAUCAGAAGUUGUUACCAAAGAUUUUGAAAAGCACUAUCUUACCAAGAGUGAAAUUUUUGCUCAACCAAAGUUUACAACAAAAGAAUCCGAAUCAAUGACAGUUCUCAAGUCCAGUAGAUCUGUUCUGCCAGCAUUAGUGAAAACUUUUGGAUGGUCUUUUUUCACAAGUUCUGUUUUGAAACUUAUCUCUGAUAUGUUGAGUUUAUCUACUCCCACUAUUAUGAAAAUGAUGAUUAGUUUUGCAGAUUCUCAUGGCACUGAAGAGGAACAAGAAGCUUGGAAAGGAUACUUUUAUGGAAUUUUAUUAUUUUUCACAGUCCUUCUUCAAAGUCUGUUUUUAAAUAGUUACUUUCAAAUGGUAAUGCUGAUUGCCCUUAAGAUGAGAACAACUUUAAUUGCAGCAAUCUACAAAAAGUCUUUAAAAGUGUCACAAUCAUCAAAAAAAGAGAGUUCUGUUGGAGAGAUUGUUAAUCUCAUGUCAGUGGAUGUACAAAGGUUCAUGGAUGUUCUGCCAUACCUAAACAUGCUGUGGUCUGCUCCUCUUCAGAUUUGUAUCUCUGGAUAUUUUAUGUAUGUUGAGUUGCAAGAAGCAACAUUUGUUGGUAUGGGAUUACUAGUUAUUACCAUGCCAGCAAACUUCUUAUUGGGUAGAUUUAUUAGGAAGUACCAACUUCAACAAAUGAAACUAAAAGAUCACAGAAUCAAGGCAAUGAAUGAAAUAUUAAGUGGAAUGAAAGUGCUAAAGCUGUAUGCAUGGGAAGAAUCAUUCAUUGCACAAGUUCUAGAAACCAGAGGGAAAGAAAUAGCUGUUCAGAAGAAAGCCGCAUAUCUAAAUGCAGUAAUGUCUCUCUUCUGGACUGUUGCUCCCUUUGUUGUAGGUCUUGGGGCAUUUGCAUACUAUGUUUUAGUUGGAAAUACAUUGACUGCACAAGCAGCUUUUGUCACACUCUCUUACCUGAAUAUAAUGAGAAUGCCUCUAGCUAUGCUGCCCAUGAUGAUGGUUUUCCUAAUUCAGUGCAAUGUCUCCUUGAAGCGUAUUAACAAGUUCAUGAACAAUGAUGAGCUAGAUCCAUUUGCAGUUCAACAUGAGGAGAGUGAUUCAGCAGUCACAAUUAAAAAUGGCACUUUUAAGUGGGACCCAGAAACCCCAGAGGUUCUUAGAAACAUUACAUUUGACAUUCCAAAAGGGGCUUUAACUGCAGUUGUUGGAACAGUUGGAUCAGGAAAAUCUUCUCUACUUUCAGCAAUUCUAGGCGAACUUCAUAAAAUUGAAGGAAGUGUAAACACUGUUGGAAAGAUUGCUUAUGUUCCCCAACAAGCCUGGAUUCAGAAUAGUACUCUGAAAGAAAACAUAACAUUUUGUGAAGCCAAUGAUGAGGAAAGAUACCAAAGUGUGAUUGAAGAUUGUGCAUUAACAACUGAUCUGGAAAUUCUUCCAGCUGGAGAUAAAACUGAAAUAGGAGAAAAGGGGAUAAAUCUGUCAGGCGGACAGAAGCAAAGAGUAAGCCUUGCCAGAGCAGUUUACAGUAAAGCAGAUUUAUAUCUACUUGAUGACCCACUUUCUGCAGUUGAUUCCCAUGUUGGUAAGCAUAUCUUUGAGCAUGUUGUUGGUCCAAAUGGGUGCUUAAAGAACACAACUAGAGUUCUGGUUACUCAUGGAAUAACAUUUUUACCCCAUACAGAUCACAUUAUUGUCCUAACAGAUGGAAAGGUUACUGAACAAGGAUCAUAUGAAGACCUGUUACAGAAGAAUGGUGACUUUGCCAAAUUUUUGAUAGAAUAUAUGAAUGAUGAUGCUAACAGUGAGGUGGCUGAUGAAGUAAAAGAACAAUUAAAGAAUACAAUGGGUGUAAAAGAAUUACAGUCACAAGUUUCUAGAAAAGACAGUGUUUCAAACUAUGGAUCUGAAUCAGAUUCUCCAAGCUUAAAAAAAGAUGAUGGAGAAAACUUGAAACAGCCUGUAGGAGAAAAGAAGCCAGUGUCUUCAUCCGGGACAAAACUCAUUGAGAAGGAGGCUGUUGAAACUGGAAGUGUGAAAUCAAAGGUUUACUUUUACUAUUUCAAAGCAAUUGGACUUGGUGGUACACUAGCCUGUGUUUUUUUUCAAGCACUAUUUACAGGCUCUAGCAUCUUUGGCAAUUAUUGGCUAAACCUUUGGUCUCAGGAUAAGUUUGAAAAAGGGAAAGAGUUUUACCUCAGUAUCUAUGGCGCUAUUGGAGCACUGCAAGCAAUAGCAACACUUUUUCUUAUGAUGAUAUUUGGCUUAACUUCACUAAAUGCUUCUAAGAUAUUGCAUCGUAAUAUGCUCCUAAGAAUAAUGAAGAGUCCAAUGUCAUUUUUUGACACUACUCCCCUGGGCAGAAUUGUUAAUAGAUUUGCCAAGGAUGUUGAUGUUUGUGACAACACACUCCCUCAAAACAUGAGAUCAUGGUUGGGUACCUUUGCUAACUUCUUUGCAACCAUGAUUUCCAUUCUAAUGAUCAUUCCUCUGAUCAUCAUAGUUUUUAUUCCAGCAACUAUAAUUUUUGUCAUUAUCCAAACGUUAUAUGUCAACAGCUCAAGACAGUUGAAGAGAUUAGAAUCUGUAUCAAGAUCACCAAUUUAUUCACAUUUUGGGGAAACUAUUACUGGUGCUCCAACAAUUAGAGCAUUUGGUAGACAAAAAGAGUUUAUAAGUCAAUCAGAUUCUAAGGUAGACUAUAACCAAGUCAGUUACUUCCCUAGCGUUAUUGCCAAUCGUUGGAUUGCUGUUCGACUUGAAGGAAUUGGAAACUUCAUUACCUUUGGAUCUGCAAUGUUCUGCAUUUUACAACAAGGAACAAUUAACCAAGGAGAUGUGGGAUUUGUUAUUAGCUACUCCUUGUCCAUAACACAGGUGCUCAACUGGUUGGUUAGAAUGACUGCAGAUGUGGAGACAAAUAUUGUUGGAGUUGAGAGAAUAAUGGAGUAUGCUGAGCUUCCCCUAGAGGCUCCAUGGAUUGAUCAGAAGAGACCAGAAAGCAAUUGGCCCCAGAGAGGAGAUGUUACACUAAAGAAUGUAGGGAUCCGUUAUAGAGAUGGUCUUGAUCUGGUUAUUCAUGGCAUUAAUUGCAGAAUGGAAGGUGGUCAGAAAAUUGGUAUUGUUGGGAGAACAGGUGCAGGAAAGUCAUCUUUAACAGUGGCACUCUUUAGAAUAGUAGAAACUGCAAUUGGAAGCAUUGAAAUUGAUGAUUUGGAUAUUUCCAAAAUAGGGCUGCAUGACCUUAGGAGAAAACUGACUAUCAUACCUCAAGAUCCAGUAUUGUUUUCUGGAACCCUAAGAAUGAAUCUUGAUCCUUUCAAUAGUUAUAGUGACUUUGAUAUCUGGAAUGCUUUGUCGUUAUCCAACCUGGAAAAGUUUGUUAAAGAGCUUGAUAAAGGUCUUCUCUUUGAAGUAAGUGAAGGUGGAGAAAACCUGAGUGUCGGGCAACGUCAGCUUGUAUGCUUAGCCAGAGCCCUUCUACGGAAGACUAAAGUUCUUAUCCUUGAUGAAGCUACAGCUGCUGUUGAUUUAGAAACUGAUGAUCUAAUCCAGAAAACCAUUAGAACAGAGUUUGCUGAUUGCACUGUAUUGACGAUAGCUCACAGAAUAAAUACCAUACUUGACUAUGAUAAAAUCAUGGUUCUAGACAAAGGGGAACUUGUUGAGUAUGAUUCACCAGAUACCCUAUUGAAGAACAAUGAUAGUAUGUUCUAUGGUCUUGCUAAAGAUGCUGGGCUGACCCGGGAGGAAGAUAAUGAUAAGAUAUGAGCAUAUCUAAAAUACCGCCAUUCACACAAUCUUUGUAAACUGUAUAAUGCAUAAAAUAAAGUAGAUAUUCCAAUUAUUAA